UCUUAAACACGCGUAUCAUGUGAAAGUGUAUCUGUUUAGAAUAUCAAUAAGUGUUUCAGUCUCUUAAUUUUGUUUACUUUUUAGCUUUGACUCUUCUUUUUCUUUGUUUAUUGUGUGUCUUUUUAAUGCCUUUAAAUUAGCCUGUUCAGGAUUGUAAACUAUUAACUGGAGAAGCUACAACAAAGCGCCGCACAAGAACGAACGAUAAACAUACAAGCAGGCAUACACGCUCUCUUUCUUUUCCCUCUCUCACUCUUACUCUCACUCACUCACUCUCGCUCUCUCUAUGUCUCUUUCACUCCCACGCACACGUACAUUUAUUCACAAACACGCGCACAUGCAUUCCUAAGCAAUCGCACACACACACGUACACAUCAUUUGCCGAAAUACACAAACAAGCAAGCAUAUACGAAUACAUAACUAUAUCUAUCUAUAUAUGUGCGUGUGAGUAUACGUUUAAGAACUAUCCACCUAUCUAUAUAAUAUCUGUAUCUCUCUAUAUAUUUAUAUGUAUAUAUAAUCCUCCUAUACAGGCACGCAUAGAACACACACACACACACACACACAUACACACACAUGCACGUAUAAAUUCUAUCACACUAACAAAAACAUGCGUUCGAUGUGCACGCGGUGUGGUGCAAACAAGUUACUUGGAGGAGAGAAAUUACAAUGAAAGUAAUGUAACAGCAUAUACAGAACAAACAAGGAGACUUACAUACUGUUUGAAGUUAAAUCAUUGAUGCAAGGAAUACGUAAACGAAGCAUGCUGGAUACCUACGAUGACACAUAAAUAACACAAAAUAUCUUGAUAUUCCGUCGAAUGAUAUUUCCCAUUAUAAUACUGUUCAUAUUUUAUUUCAUAUCUGUCCCUCUAUGGUUCUAGUUUCUGAAAUUAGUUGACAAAUAAAAAAUAAGAUAUAUCUGUAUGUCACUAAGAUAUAUUAAUUAGUUCGAUACAGAAAACUAUAUGCAAGUAUAAUUUAAUGUCCAUCGAUUAAAAAAUCAAAGAACAUGCCUGCUUUUAUUAAAUAUGAAAAUUCCUCAAAAUUCUCAGAAGAAAUGUUGUACGAAGAUAACUGGGAAAGUUCAAUUAUAAAUAAUACCGCUUACCAAAAUAUCACUGCAAGUGAUCUAUAUAAGCUGCUUCAGUUGCCAUUGGAGGCCCACGAGUGCAUGCUAGAGCAACUACGUCUUCCUAAACCACCCGAUCCAUUCUGUCCAGAAAUAUGGGAUACGCUCCAAUGUUGGGCAGCGACACCAGCAAAUACAACAAUAUACCAAAAAUGUCCAGAAAGUAUAGGAUUCACACAUUCAGAGUUAUUGGCACACAGAACGUGUUCGCCGAAUGGUACAUGGUUACAUGGGGACUGGAGUAACUAUUCUGCGUGUUUGAAACAUGUGUGGACAGGAAAGGAACUGCCCGAAAUUCACACCAGUUUCGACAUCCAGCGAGCACUGAUUCUUGCUUACAUCUACUUCAUUGUGAGCAAUAUAUCACUGAUCCUACUGUUAAUUACAAUGUUCAUAUUCUGCUACUUCAGGUCUCUUCAUUGCAGUCGUAUAUCCAUCCAUAAGAAUCUUGUCAGCUCCUUUAUUCUUCGAUUUAUCAUUUUUGUAAUUAUAUCAGAACCGUAUAUCAUGAGGCAAAAUACUUCCUACAGAAAUGUGGACUGGUUGUGCAAAUUGAUGACGAUUAUUCUGCAGUACAGCGCACUGGCAAAUAUAUUUUGGAUGUUCGUCGAAGGUCUAUUUCUGCAUAAUCGGAUUGUAGUUUCAGUCUUUAAUACAACAGCACCCUUUAAAUUAUUUUAUUUCAUUGGGUGGGGCAUUCCUGUGGUGAUAACAGCUUCGUGGUCAGUAAUAAUGCAUUAUUAUCAUAAAGAAAAAUGCUGGGAAAAAUACACUGCACUUCCGUUUAUCUUCAUUAUUUACGUCCCGAUCAUUGUUGUACUGUUGCAAAUCUUUGAUCUAACUCAUGGAUAA